ACCAUGGACAGUGGCAGAGAGAAAAGAUGGUCUCUGGAUGGAGCCACAGCCUUGGUAACCGGAGGAGCAAGAGGAAUUGGGUAUUCUUUGUGUGCCAUUGUUGAAGAGCUAACCAGAUUUGGUGCAACUGUGCAUGUAUGUGAUGUAAAUGAGGCCGAAUUGAACCAACGUUUACAAACAUGGCAAGAAUUGCAUCUCCCAAUCACAGGAUCAAUAUGUGAUGUUUCUUCCCAUGCACAAAGGGAAAACCUGAUGGAGAGAAUUUCCAACAUUUUUGAUGGAAAACUUAAUAUUCUUGUGAAUAAUGCAGGAACAGGAUUUCUGAAACCUACCAUUGAUUGCACUGCUGAAGAGUUGUCAUUCAUUAUGAGCACUAAUUUUGAAUCGGCAUUCCAUCUCUGCCAACUUGCCCAUCCUCUCUUAAAGACUUCUGGCUCCGGUAGCAUCAUCUUCAUCUCCUCCAUUGCUGGCCUUGCAGGAGGUCUACCUAUCUCUCUUUAUGCAGCGAGUAAAGGAGCAUUAAAUCAAUUGACAAGAAAUCUUGCUUGUGAGUGGGCGAAGGAUAACAUUCGAUCAAACAGUGUUGCACCUGGGACAAUUAAAACUACAACUGGGCCUGGACCAAGAUAUAUUGAAAAUAAAGAGAAUAAAGAGCGAGAACUCUCUCGCAUUCCUCUUGCACGUGUUGGUGAACAAGAAGAGGUAGCAUCGCUUGUGGCUUAUCUUUGCCUUCCGGCAGCUUCAUAUAUUACUGGACAAAUUAUUUGUGUGGAUGGAGGUCGCUCAAUCAAUGUCUUAUAAUUUAUAAUAAUCGCAUGUAUUUUAAUAAUAUCAAGUUUGAGUCUUUA